AACUAUAUAGCAUUACGUGCAUAAAAAUAAUAACUUUUGUUUUUAUUUACAUUCUAAGAACAUAUCGUUAAAAAUGUAACAACGACUCUUUGGUGUGAACGCAUACUUUUUAUCUUCAUGUUCCUUUUUUGAAUGUGUUCGAAUUUUAAUUUGAAAUACAAAUAAAAAUGUGACUUUUUGGUUUGUUGUGAUUUAGAAGUUUGUUUUGAGCGGGAAACCAGUGCGAAGUGAAAAUGUUGUAAUUUAUCAGUAGAAUUAAAUAAUCUCAUGAUUUAUAUCGUCGCGAUAGUUGAGUAAACACCCAAAUUACGUUUGUGUAAAGAGAUUUUUUCAUGAUAUCGUUGUAAAUAGAAGUUUUUCGAUAAGGAAACAGUUGUUCCGCAAUUAAAUUGUGAUCUUGAUAGUUUGUUAGUCUCCGUGCAGCUAUCGAAUAAAGUGUUACAUUUUCAAACAAGCUGAAAUAAAGUUCUUUGUAACAAAUAGACGUAAAAUAAGUAGUUUUUCGUAGCUUUUUUGUCAAUAUUUUGCCGCGAAAAUGUCCGUUUUAAACAUGGGUGCUCGCCUUGAGUUGAUCUUAAGCAAAAUCUUUAGAAGAAUGGAUGGCUACACAAUAAUAGAUGAAAUUGGAGAUCAAGACAACAGUUACAAUAUGGCGUCUAUAAAUUCCAACGACAAAAGUCCGGGAGAUCCCCCGGACAAGAAACUAGCUGAAGUAGAUGCCGAGAAACAACCACUUUCAGGAAAGAAAGAAGAACGAUGGUGGAACACGUUGAUGCAGGUAGCUGUACCGUUCUUCAUCGCUGGAUGCGGUACCAUCGGUGCUGGUCUAGUUCUGGGCACAGUUAGGGAUUGGGACGUAUUCAUCAAUGUAUCGGCUAUCUUUGUGCUCGUACCAUCAUUAUCUGGUCUUAAAGGUAAUCUAGACAUGUGUCUUGCAUCCAGACUGUCCACUCAAGCGAACUUAGGCAACAUGAAAUCCUCAAGAGAAGUAAUAUCUAUGGUCGUCGGAAACAUAUCACUAGUACAGGUGCAAGCAAUAGUAGCGGCGACCGUUGUCUCAAUAUUCGCCAUAGUCGUGAACACGAUCACCGACCGCGCCAUCAACGGAUCCUACGUACUACUGCUGGUGGCCUCAGCUGUGUUCACUGCUACUACUACUUGUUUUGUUCUUGAUUUCGUGAUGGUAAUGGUGAUCUACGGCUCACACAAAUUCAAGGUGAAUCCGGACAACGUGGCGACGCCUCUCGCGGCGUCCAUCGGCGAUAUUGUCAGUAAUACUGUACUCGCUGUUACUGCACAGUAUAUGUAUGAACAGAUACAGAUAUCCCUCUGGCAGCCGAUAGCGCUGAUGUGCGUGUACUACAGCCUGCUGCCGCUGUGGGUGUUCAUCGUGUGGCGCAACAAGUACACCAAGAAGGUGCUCACCAGCGGCUGGACUCCCGUCAUCUCUGCGCUCUUCAUCAGCGGCAUCGGAGGUAUCGUCCUGGACAAAGCAGUGGACCACUACAGAGGCUACGAGGUCUUCCAGCCUAUUGUCAACGGUAUCGGAGGAAACCUGGUCUGUGUCCAGUCUUCGAGACUCGCCACACACUUGCAUCAGACAGCCAUCCCUGGAGAAUUGCCGGAGAACACCAGGCUCGUGGAAUGGCCUUGGAAGACCCUGUUCUAUGGAACUGCGGCAGCUAAAGUGGCUCGUAUGCUGUUGAUCCUGGCGCUGUUCGGUCAGAUAAUCUUCAUGGUGGUAGCGGACUUCGUGUACCAAGGCAUGGUGACUCUACAAGUACCCUUCGGCAUCACGUAUCUAAUGUGCUCUUUGUUGCAAGUCAUGGUACUCCUGUACCUAGCAUACAUGCUGGUCCACCUCAUGUGGAAGAAAAAGAAGGAUCCUGACAACGCAGCCAUUCCUUACCUAACAGCCCUAGGGGACCUACUAGGCUCCGUCUUCCUAGGUCUGACCUUCGUCAUCCUAUCACUCUUCGGCAUGGAGUACGGAAACAACGUCCUAUGAACAGGUAAAAGUAACCUGAAGGAAUUAAUUAACAAAGAAAUAUGGAUCUUAAGACAUAAGAGUCUGUUCAAAAGAUUUUAAGUCUUAGUUUUUGAUGUCAAUCAAAUUUUUAAUCAUCUUGUAUUUUUGAACUUAAUGGAAUUUGCGAAUUCGCAAGACUUAGACGUGAACCUUUAAGGAUCAGUACUGAAUUGAGAUGGAGUCUUAAUGUUCCUUUUAGGUCUGCACGUUAGCAUAGCUACCCAAAAUGACAUUAAUAGUAAUACCAAAGGAGUUGGAUUCAUGCAUGGCUUUUCACCAGCUAAGAUUCCUCCACCAACCAGCUUUUUAGAUGAUUUUUACUUUCUAAUUCAAAUGUAAUUCGGUCAAAGUAAGAUAAAAAAGGGAUAAUUCGUGUCCUGACAGUAUUGAUAUGUAUUUUAAAAAUUAAUGUCAAUUGGUGUGCCAAUAUUAUCGUGUAUGUGGAUGACAUCGUUGUUAAUAAACGUGACAGUAUUGAAGAUUUUCAAAGAUUUAUCUUUUUUUGAAUUUUAUUUAUCAAUUUGAGAUUCAUGUUUAGAUGUAUGUACAGUGAGGAAGAUACAAAUAUUUGCAUCGUUGACAUCAGUUUUAUGAGAGCGACAAUAAUGGAGUUGAUAUUGAAGAUUUGGAAUGAAAUAAUACGAAAUUGUGUUACUAAUUGACUCUUUUUUGUCCGCACAUCGACUACCAAUAAAAUAUUUAAAAAAAAAAACGAUUUUGUUACCAUUUUAAUAUUAUUUUAAUAAUCGCUGAUUAACGACGUGUUCCUAAUCGAACCUGCGAUGUAGCACUGUGAAGUGUCAUAUCUAACAAAAUGGAGGUAGUUCUAGAUAAUUUUAGAUACACGUAUGAACAUGUAUGUCACCCGAUAGUGAUGCUGUAAUGUCAUCUAUUAGUACUUAUGUGAUAUAGCGAUAUUUUCUACACUUGGUUUUUGAAUGGAUUUUGAAAGAAUAAUUACGGUGCAAGAUGUCUAAAUUUUAACACUUUUUGUGUUUUUUUUUGUCUAUAUUAUUUAAACAUUCAGAUCAUUUAAUUCGAAGGUUUUUACAAUCGUUAGCCAAACUCAAGGCGAUGCAUGUUUGAAAUUUUUAUCUUCGAUUUUCCUCUGUUUUUGUUUUUAUAACCUUGACUUUGCUUCACUACCUUCUUCCGGAACAUGAUUAAAAUAAACGGAAGGGACCUUACACCUUCUGAAUAAUAAAAAAGAUAGCACUUUUUACGUUGAGUGUACCUAGUUUUUUUUUAACUGAUGUUUUUUUUUUUCAAGUUUGUACAAAAAGCAAGUGUUAGUAUCAAAAUGUAGUUUAUAGUUUAGGAAAUUGAGUACAAUAAAGCAAUUACGUAGUAUUUAAGUUAAGAGGCCUAAACUAAUUUAUUGAACUUACGUCGUAACCAUUGGGCUUGUAAGAUCAUCAGUUAUCACCAAUCCGGUAGUAUUAGACAAGCAUUUUACAAACUGGACAUAUAAAAUAACAAAGAAAUCAUUAAAAUAUACGUUUGUAUGUGUGAGAUCUCAGAUAAUAGCAAAAAAGAUGAAAAAAACUUGUUUAUUCCUACCUCUAAUAGAAAAUACACAAGCAUAAUGUGUAUUAAAAUUGUAUGUGUGAUACAGAAAUUAAUACUUAUUUUUGUUAGUAAAGUUUUAAUAAAAAUGAAAUUUUGGAACCAAAGGUACAGUCAGCCGCAUAAAAUUAAUGGCAAUUUGAAAAAAAUCCUAGUGGUUGUUGAGUUAUAUGGUUGACUGUACUUUUUGGUUGCUGUGCUUCUUAGUAGGAUAGUGUGAGAUAACCAAAUAUGUAAUCAAUCAAAUAUACUUGUUAGUGUACAGUAUCACGAAUUCCUUUUCUUUUCUUUGAUAUAAAAAGUGGUACACAAGAAAUAAAAUAGACAAUAGUAAAAAUACUUCAUCCUAAUACUCGGUACCUAAAGAAUUAAUUAAUUCGGUAUACUGUACGCCAAUAAAACGGAAUGUGACCAUACUUCAGUAAUUUUAAGAUAUAUUUUUGAAUGAAUGAUGUGAUAUAAAUGAGAUUUUAACUUGUAUAUAGAUAAUUGUUAUGUAGUACGUAAAUCACAGAAAAAGCUGUUGAUAGUUUGUUAGAAACGCUUACCUUUGAUAAAGGGUGCACUAGACAUCAAUUAUUAGUAAACAUAAUUAAAUAAUUAUUGGUUGCACGGUUUUCUUAAUUUUCCAUUUUCGAUCUAUGUAUAACUUUCACACUUAUAAACUUUCCCAUCUUAAAAGUUACGUUGCUAAUUCUAUACAAAAAGUAAUGCACUGAGACAUGAAAUAUGUGUAAAGGAAAAGCAAUAUUUUUUAUUUGAAAUAGAUAUACAAAUACAGACAGCACAUCAACCUACCUCAAUCUGUCAAAUUCCUUCAACAGAUUUUCAACCUUAACACAAUAGUGGAAGGUUAAUGUUUGAUUGAUAUAAUUUGACACAUUCGGGUAGGUUGACUUGCUGUAUGUACAUGGUACCCACAAAAUCUAUAGCUGCUCUUCGUUUUAUGCAGAAAUCUGUCUUUAUAAUCCUUUACUAAGGUUCGUAUCUAUACUUUUGUCUUAAGCGAAACCGACUGAAUAUAAAAAUUGACGCUGUAUUGUUCCGUAAUUAUUAUUAAUAUAAUUAAGUAUAAUAUAAUAUCGGUGGCUUAAUAUAAAUGAUGCUUAUAAUAAAAUACGUUAAUAAGAAAAAGUGCAACCAUCCGUUACUAAGAUAGGAUUUAACAUUGGGUCCGAAGUGCCAUUAUGAUUGAAAUAAUAGGGAAAUAUGUAUUUUUAUUUUUAUAACACUAUUUACUAUGUGUAAAACCCCUUACCUAAAUGGUGGCUAAAAUUGUAUAAUUUUUUUUUACUAAUUUUGUUGAUUUUAGUAUAAAUAACAUUUGCAUAACAUCUACCUAACAAGUCCCUUAUUAAUAAUAAUUUGAAACUAAUUUUAACAACAUGACGAUUUAAGCAGUCGAAAAUAUUUUGAAAAAAAAAACACAUUGUUCCUUUUAAUUCUCAAGUUUAUUUCAAUUUAAAUGAAUACUUAACUAUAACAUUAAACAAGUAUUUGAAAAACAUUGAAAAUAAUCUUAAUCUUUUUCACAUUGACUGUACCUACAUCACUAUUGGCUUUAAAUAACACAUUUUUGUGUUGUUCCUUCUAUCUAGUAAAUAGUGUUAUAUAAAAAUAUACGUUGAUAUUAUGUACAUUCCAUAUACACAGCUUUUUAACGACAAUCAUGUGGUUUAUGAGAUUGUAGAUAUUGUUUUAAUUUUAAGUUUUAUACCAUCAAUGUAUUCCUAUUGUGAUGUCCAAACAUAGUGUAAUGUAAUUUUUAUUUCAAAAUAAAAUGAAUUAACUGAAAAUAAAA